GUCAUUGAUGCCUUUUAACAGUGCAGAUCAGAAACUCCAAAGACUCAGAGACUCUGACGCCAACAUGCUCCCGUUCCUCUUCUUGUUAGGUCUGACUCUGGGUUCCGUGUCUCCUUCAGACGGCAAUCCCGUGAUGCUACUGCAAGGCAACUGUCCCAUGUUCUGGUACAGUUUCAACGGACGCUGCUACAAGUACGUCGCCACACGUUUGACCUGGGCUGAUGCUGAGCUCUACUGUGUGUCACAGGGAAGCAACCUGGUGUCCAUCCACAGUCUGGAAGAAGAUCAUUUCAUCAAAGCCCUGAUCACGAAUUUUGACCAUGCUCAGGGAUUUACCUGGAUUGGACUCAGCGACAUCCACAAAGAAGGUCGUUGGAUGUGGUCUGAUGGUUGCAUAGUGGACUUUGUCAAUUGGUAUACAGGAGAGCCAAAUAACAUGGCAGGACGUGAACACUGUGCUCACAACAACUAUGGAGAUUGGAAAUGGAAUGACCAUCAAUGUUCUUCUACUUUUCCCUCCGUUUGUGCAUCUCGUAAUACCUGUCCUUAGCAACCAAGAUGUGAUAUGAUUGAACCCUGGUCCCUGUUCACCUGAUGCUCUGUUGACAUGCAUUAGGCCUCCAGAAUAAAGACCCAGAUGUGGAUUUAUGUUUGUGCAGAACUCAUUUCAUUCUGAUGAAUGUGACAUUUACACAGGUAACUCCAAAUGAAAAGCUUCUGAUUUCUAAUCAUUAUUUAACCAGACAUUGACACAAGUCCUCCCAAAUCUAUAGUACAGUUUGUACAUGGAUACUCCGCCUUCCAUAAUUAUGAAAAAAUGGUUCAAAAAUUUGCUGUAAUACACUGUAUUAAGUGUGUGAAAAUAAACUGAAGAAACUAAAUUAAGACGCUCAAGCAAGAGAUUAAAGAUGCAACCAGGAUUGAAUUCAUAAUU